AUCAAUCCCAUCUCCUCAGUCCGUCAAUACACUCGCUAAAUGUAACAUGAUUCCUAAAACUGUCCUAAUUUUGGCAAUUUAUUUUGCCAACAGCGUAUUUGGCGAAAGUGUCACUCUUUCUCAAGGUGUGGUCAAAGGUUUCCAAGCAAAAUCACGGUCAGCCAAGGACUAUUAUGGAUUUAAAGGGAUACCCUUUGGCAAAGUGGAGAAGAGAUUUAAUAUUCCAAAACCUGCCGGAAAUUGGAGUGGAAUUUUUGACGCUACUUUGAGCUACAAAGGGUGCAUGGAUGUCGGUAUAUUUUCGGCUCCUAAUGGCGUCGAGGAUUGUUUAAAAUUGGAUGUUUACACACCAAAACUUACAGCAUCUGAGAAAAUGCCAGUUCUCGUGUGGAUUUAUGGAGGAGGAUUUUUCAUCGGAAGCACGAAGGAUUACGGCCCAGAGUAUUUUAUGGAUGAGGAUGUUGUCCUCGUCCUAAUAAACUACAGGUUGGGUCCCUUAGGAUUUCUAAAUGCCGGGGUAGCUUCCGCCCGAGGGAACCAAGGCCUUAAGGAUCAAGUCUUAGGACUUCAAUGGAUUCAGGAAAAUAUUGAAAACUUUGGGGGAAAUAAGGACAGGGUCACAAUUUUUGGCGAGAGUGCGGGCGCCAUCUCUGUCUCCCUUCAUGUCACCAGUCCCAUGGCGAAAGGCUUGUUUCACUCGGCCAUCUCCCAGUCCGGCACGGCAGUCCAGACCUUCAUCUCGGCAAAUUGGGGGCGUGGUGUGGAUCAGGCCGUGAAAUUGGCGCAGGACAAUAAUUGCCCAACCAGCAAUAAAGAAUACAUGGUGGAAUGUCUCCAACGAAUCGAUCCCUACCUUUUGGGCAAAAGUAGUCUCAAAAUGGAUGAUUUUGGUCUGCGCCCAGACACUGGGCUUACAAUGCCAAGUUUAGAAACCUAUUCGGAUGGCAGCAAUGACCCCAACGUGUACCUUAAAGAAAAUCCUUUGGAUCUCCUCAAAUCUGGGAGGUUUAAUAAAGUUCCCGUAAUUAUGGGUCUGAUCGGAUGGGAAUCUUACGCCGCUGCUUCAUCAAUUAUCAAAUCGCACGAUAUAACCCAUAAAUUGAAUUCCCAAUGGGGCAGGAUUGGAUUGAGGCUUAUGGAAGUUUCCAACCAAGCGGAGGAUCCAGCCGAGGCAAUGGUUUCCAUCAAAAAGAAAUUUUUUCCCAAUGGUGGGAUCACAAAUGAGAGUUUAUGGGAAUUGGAACACGUGGCGAGUGAAAGGCAGUGGAUCCACCCAUUUAGAGUUCAGGCUGAAUUACUUUCCCACCAUGUUCCCGUUUAUAUCUACAAUUUUACGAGAAUGGUGCCAUACAAACCGCUCGGCAUGGAUAUUCCAAUGUUUAGUUAUCUUGUCGAAGAUGGCGCCACUACCAAAAAACCGUCGCAUGGGGAAGACAUUGCAUACGUGUUUAAACUUGAGGGUAUGUUUUCCGCUUUGCUCCCAAAUAUUUCGGCGCGUGCAGAGGAAGUUAAUGUUUCCAAGGAUAUGGUUAAGACCUGGGUGAAUUUUGCAAGAGAGGGAAAUUUGCAAACUUCUCCAUGGUCAAACUGGGAGCCGAUAAGUGGUGACAAUUUUUAUGGGUCGAAAUAUUUUGAGAUUGGGGACACCAAUGAUUUAAAACAGGUUCCAGCAGAGUGGAAAGAACUUGAUGAGUUUUGGGAUGGUUUAAAGUUAUAGGAAAUGGGGGGCAAGUGGACGUCUUAAGUUCAGGGUCUUCAACCAUGUUUAUUCUAUUAAAGCUUUAGAUCAUGAAAAUUAUAAAUAUGUAAACUUGAAAAAAUUGGGAUAAGUAGAACAAAUUGUUCAAAAUUCUUAAAAAAUAAUAAAACAUGCUUCAUCAUCAGAA